UAAUCAUUGACGACUGCUGCACCUGUUCGCAUAUGCGCGCACGCUUAGCAUCCAUGUCCUACCAGACAAGACACAUGAGACCGCGGGUUAUGUCUGGUUCAGACUGAUAUCACUAAUCUGGGUCUUUUGCUUCCCCGCUCCGGAUCCAAGUAUAGGUAUUCCGCGUCUGCUCGACAUAGAGAACUACGCCUCCAGACUCUUGCUCAUUGAGCAGAGUGACCGACUCCUGUAACAAGAAGUGCGUGCGCUCAAACGGGCUGCAGAGGAAUCAGUUGCCAUGAAGGAAGAAGUGAAGCAGGUCGCUCUCGUCGUCGGCGCGUCGCGAGGGAUAGGCCGGCAGAUAGCCAUUGAUCUCGCAAAGGCGGGUUAUGCAGUCGUUGUAGCAGCCAAAAGCACCUCAGAUGCAUCCGCCGUAUCGCCAUUUCCCCCAGACCCCAACUCCCCCGCUUCCACCAUCAACACCGUCGCGCGCGAGAUCAACGAGGCCGGCGGCACCGCAACCGCAUUCCCCGUCGAUACGCGCGACGCGACCUCAGUCAACAAACUCGUCGCCGACACUGUCGCUCGCUACGGCCAUAUCGACGUCCUCGUCUACAACAGCGGCGCAAUAUGGUGGUCCAGCGUCGCCAAGACGCCCUUCAAACGCUUCCAGCUCAUGCAGCAAGUCAACAUCGAGGGCCUGUACGCCGCGGUGCAAGCCGUGCUGCCAGAAUUCGAGAAGCAGGGGUGGAAAGGGCGCAUCAUCAUCGUCAGCCCGCCGAUCUACUCGCGGUUCUUCCGCGGCAAGACAGCGUACGCCAUGGGCAAGGUCGGCAUGUCCGUGCUGACCAAGGGGCUAGCGAUGGACUGGGAGCGCGAGGGCAAGAAAGACAUGGCUGUCACGAGUAUCUGGCCUGCUGUUGCGAUUGAGUCGGCUGCCACGCAGAACGUUGAGGCCGAUAGUCUGCAUGAUUUGAGGAAGCCUACGAUCUUCUCGGACGCCAUCCUCGAGAUGCUGAGAAGCGACCCUUCCGAGGUGAACGGCGCGUUGGAGCUUGACGAGGACUUUCUGAGGAAGAAGGGGUACAAGGAUGAUGACUUUGAGAAGUACAAUCUGGUGCCGGGUGCGAAGCCGAGGAGAAUCAUGCCGAAUAGUUUGCCUGAUCUAAGGGUGGCGGAGCAGGAUGACGAAGGGAACAGAGUGGAUAGCACGCAGUUGAGGGCGGCGAAACUCUAGCAGAUAUGAAGGUCAUUCAGAACUGGGGAAGACUCCAGCUUGAAAACCAGAUUAAAUGAAAGGAGCGGGUGCAAGGAGGAUCCGGCACUGUCCAAAGCCUGCAUGCUGAUUACGUUCGU